AUGGAUUCUCCAAAAGCAGAUCCCCAACAAGGACCACCACCAGGACUGGGUCAAAUUCAAUUCAGAUUACCAGAUGGUUCACAACCAAGUCCGGAACAAAUACAGAUGAUGCAACAGCAAAUCGCCCAACAAGCACAACAACAAGGAUUAUCGAUACCUGAAUUCAUAGCAAAGAUGAAUGCGCAAAAUCAAGCCCGAUUACAAGCCCAACAAGGCCAGCAGCCAUCUCCAGAACAAAUUCAGGCCAUGCAGAAGCAGCUAGCUCAAGAUGCUGAAAAGGCUGGAAUGUCUGUACCUGAAUUUGUAGCAAAGAUUAAAGCGCAACAAGCUCAACAACAAGCUCUACAACAAGGCCAACAGCCAUCUCCGGAACAAAUUCAGGCCAUGCAGAAGCAGCUAGCUCAAGACGCCGAAAAGGCUGGAAUGUCUGUACCUGAAUUUGUAGCAAAGAUUAAAGCGCAACAAGCUCAGCAACAAGCUCUACAACAAGGCCCACCACCAUCUCCAGAACAAGUCCAGGCGAUGAAAGAGAAAUUGGCUCAAGAUGCAGCAAAAGCUGGUAUGACUGUACCCGAAUUUGUGGAAAAAAUAAAGGCGGAUGCAAUGGCCCAACAGCAGAAACAAAGAGAAGCUGCAAUGGCCCAACAGCAGCAACAGCAACCUCAACCAAUUCAACCAGGCCCUCCAAAUCCAGCAGCCAUUGCUCUCGCAAACUUCUUGAUGAGUCAGGACUUAAAAGCGAGAACAUGUAUUUUGAAUGGUCAGAGAAAGAACAUGUUCAAAGUGAAACGUGCUCUCCGAGCUAUUCAAUCACCAGCUUAUGAAAAAGCUCGCAAGAAGAACCCACUUCUCCCGAAAUUACUGAUCGCGCCUCACUCGAAAACUGCUUCAAACUUCUCCCACUUUCGCUCCUUGCACUUCGUAUUUCUAAAGUCGACCCUCAUGAAGGUCAUGAUCAUGCACCUGCGGGUGAAAGGGCUUUGGACUGUCAAAAUCGAACAACAGCAAGAAUGCAAGGAAGAGCUCCAUUUCGUAUGGCUUUAUGAAGGUGCACAAAUCAAACAGAAAUUGUACGCUGCUGGAGCAUUAGCGAUUGUAUUUGCAAUUGUCAUGUUCCCACUUUGGCCAAUGAAGAUGAGAUUGGGUGUUUGGUAUCUAAGUAUGGGUAUGCUUGGAUUAUUAGGAUUGUUCUUUGCGAUGGCAAUUUUCAGAUUAAUUCUGUUUGGUAUUACAAUGUUUGCGGUACCUCCUGGAUUAUGGUUAUACCCAAAUCUGUUUGAGGACGUUGGAUUCUUCGACAGUUUCAGACCCGUCUGGGGAUGGCAAGAGGAGAAGAAGAAAGGCAAGAAGAAGUCCAAGUCAAGUGCCUCCGCUAGUGCAAACGCUAUUGGAGCAGCAAUGACAGGUCAACCAGCUCCAGCAUCAGCAACCACAACAGGAUCAACAGCACAAAUUUCUACCGGAGAAACUACACAACGAAAUUUAACACCAAGAGUUGAGGAGGUGUUUGAUGAAGAGUAA